CUUCAAGUUCCAUCUUUCAUUGUUUCCACUUGCACUCAUCUUUGUUGAUUCUUUUGAGAGAGAGGGCUAGCUACCAGGUAGAAGCGAAUCAAGAUGAGCAACAACGGCUUCCAGCAAGGCAAUAAUUGGAGGAUGAUGCCUCCUCCUCCAGCUCGUCCUUCCAAUGGCAAUUGGAACAACCACAACGCGCAUCAUUCAUCCGCCAACAGUAGCGCGAUGAUGCCCCCUCCCCCGCGGUCGUCGAGCUUUCCUGUGGCCGCUGGCUCGUACUAUGGAGGAUCAAGCCAUGGUGGUCAGCCCCCUCCGCCGUCGUCGGGCUUUUCUGUCACUUGUUUCCACAAAUUUCCUGUCGCCACUGCCUCGCAUGGAGGAUCAUCAAGCCAUGGCCAAAUGCGAUCCGUUGGUUUCCGCAACUUUCCUGUAUCAGGUAGUGACAACCAAGGAGAAGCAAGUCAUGGUCAUGGUCAGCAACAGCAACAGCAACAGCGAUCCGUUGGUUUCCACAAUGCUUCAGCAGCAUCAGGUAGAGACAACAAACGGGCUUUUGACACUGCCAGAAAUAACGCACAACAAGGCCACAGCAGCCACAAUCCACAGAACAAGCGUCCUCGGCACCCUGGUCGUCCGUUCCGUUGGGAGCCACCCGCGAGAGCGAUACCUGAGCCACCCGCGAGAGCAGCGAUCCCCAAGAAUGGUUGGGCGUGCUCCAAAUGCUCUUUUACGCAUCAAUUUCCGGGCGACAAGUGUGUCAUGUGUGGGGCUCUGCACAACCAAACGUCCAAUUCCUCUUUGACGACGUCAGCCAAUGGAAGGGCCACCACCACAAUCAGCAGCAGCAGUAGCGCUCAAGCUCGUGCACAGCAGCAACCUAAUGCAAUGCCGCCUCCUGUCAAGCAAGAACCGACUAACAGCACCCUUGGUUCACAGCAAAAUCCAACGGCUCCGCCUUUUCAACCAGUUUUUGUUCCACCUCCUCCUGUCGUCAAGCAAGAGACGCGUCCUUCAGUAACAGUAAAGCAAGAAAGUGCGCCAGCCCCACAAACCCAAAAUAAUGGUCAGUUUGCCGACGCAGAAGACGAAGACAGAAAGCCAUCCGCCGUGAGUGGACCUCCCAUUGAUCUUUGCUUGGAUGUGGAUGAUCAAGACGCUUCCGAAAAGGAAAAUGAACCACCCAAUGGCACAACACACAUUAUAUUCUCCAUUGACUUUUCGGGAUCCAUGAAAAAGAAGGAUGUCAAAAAGGCAAAUGGAAGCAAAAUCAAAAGAUGGGAUGCCGUCUUUUUGUGUCUGCAAGGCUUUCUCGCAGAACAGAUUUCUUCGUCCGAUGCGGCUGGGGAAGCGCUGGUGUCGGUGGUCACAUUCAAUGACGAGGCUCAAACGCUCUUGGAUCGCAUGCCACUAGUCGGAGAUGGUCGCAAGGUACUCAGAGCACUCGAAACCGCCCGCAAGAUGCAUACCCCAAAUGGCGGAACAGGAUUUGCAGCUGGAUUCGGACGCGCCAAAGAGAUUGCGUUUGCCGGCGCCAGCCAAGACGAGAACCAAAACGUUGUGCUCGUGUUUCUGAGCGAUGGAAGACCAGGUGAUUUGAAGUCGGAUCCACCGAAAAUCAAAGAACCGAUGCAGACCACGUUUCGUCGACACGGGAUGGUGUACCCUUCCGCCGCGCGGCACAUUGAAGCAAUGAAGCAAAAGUACGAAAGUCGCUUCUCGCUUCAUUUGAUUUGCCUCUUCAACGAAGGAAAGAAGUGGCUAAACUAUAUAGCAAACCGAUACGAUGGAACGUUGCACGAACCAGACCUCAGUAUGGACGAUGACACGACAAAGACUCCCAUCAGAAAGAAUGGUGACAUCUGCGACGACGAUGAUGAUAGUUACGAAGAAGAUGAGAUCGUCGAAAUGAAUGUCAAGUCACAGAAUACCCUGAUCCGAGAACGACACAAUCGUGCCAAGUCUGCUGGAUUAGUGUUCUCUUUGACCAACACUACCACGGCCGGAUCAUCUAUUCGCUCUACUUUCGAGUCCAUUUCCUCUUCCGUGACGGCCAUGCGUGGAGGUAGUAGGCUCCAGGAACGACAGGGAGUUGUGUUGAAGAACGAAUCUCCCUUGAUAGCUUACCAGGCAACUCGCAUGGUCUUGAACGACAGUCAAGAUAAAUUCAUUGUUCCAACGGGGGAUACCCCAAAUGGGAGAAAGGUCCAGGUAUCACUGCACCCUUUUGCGCAAGGCGGAUUGAGAAACGUGUACCGAAUGCAGCAGCCUGGAGAACCACCUCAGGUGGCCAAGGAAUCGCGUCACAACGUUGCGUACAAUGAACGGCUUCGGUUUCACAUUGAAACCUCCAAAUGCCAAGCUAGAGCCUUGGAUUAUGCAACAAAGUUCAACAACAAAUUGAGACGCGACAAAGAGCUGCGAAAAGCUGGCGUCCCCACUAUACAAGUCUUGCAUGCUGAGGUGAUUCGAUUGAGGGAUCAGACAUCUAAAGGCAAUUACAGGUACUUGGCAGUAGAAACCGCAUUGCGAGGCCAGUACCAAAAGUACAACAGCAACAAUGGUUUCGUCAAUACAGCAGGAAGCCUUCAAUGCCAAGUUGCCCAGGCCUACAGCCACUUUUCAUACGAGGAGAGUGAUGAAUCUGAGAUGGUCGUAGACAUCCAAGGUUCCGGGUACACCUACACGGACCCUCAAUUGCAUUCCCAAAGCAAGGAAUAUGGAAGAGCCGACCGAGGCAAGAACGGUUUCACAGACUUCUUCCGCACACACAAAUGCAACUUUAUUUGCGCGGCUCUUCACUUGAAAGACCGUUCUGCUAGUUCAGUAGCCACGACACCGGUGAAGAAUGAGCCACAGAACUAGAAGAGGGAAGUGUGUUAGACCCGUUCAUUCGUGGUGCUACAAAAGCCCAACUCAUGCUCGAAUCAAAUUCCUACGGAUACUUGGGUACUGUCAUGCAAGGUCGUGUCUAGUCGCACAGUACAAACUAAUCAAUCUACUAAGCGAAAUAUUAAGCAGCUGAAGGCAACUGAGGGCG